GUCGUCCUUCCUUGGCUCCUCUUCUCCCCCAGUUGCUCUGCAUCCCGGCAAAAAGGUGGGGAGGAGGGCUUUAGGGCGAGAGGACAUCUUUCUCAAGAGGACCCAGAGCCAAGGGGCAGGGUUUUCUUUCUCCUUUUCCGCCUUGGGGAAACCCCAGGAUUCCUGGGGCUCUUGUUCUCUGGACUAGGCAGAGGAAGGAGAGUGAGCCCUUUGGGUGGAGGGUGUUUACGGGGUCAAAGUUCCUCCCCGGCCACCACCUCUGUCUGUCCUGGGAGCUUCUGUCAUCAGAGUGCCUGGGAGUUGCAGAGGAGAAGAGAAGGGGGCUGGAGUGAGGACAGUGUGUGUGUGUGUGCAAGCCAGGGCACAUUGGAGGCAGGUGCCAGGAGCCAUGGAGCCCGCUGACUCAUGGGGCCACCACUGGGCAGGAAUCCUGUUCUCAGACAAACCUUUGGCCAAGCCCACCAUUUCAGUCAACCCGCGCACUGCCAUAGAGCACAACCAAACGGUGAACUUCUACUGUGGCACCACGGACGUCAAAAUUACCGUCCACUGGAUCUUCAACAAUCACCCCCUGGAAUUCAAUGAGCGCAUGCAGCUGUCCCCAGAUAAGAAGAGCCUCACCAUCCUCAAGGUCCAGCGGGAGGACUCCGGGCCUUACCAAUGUGAAGCCCGGAACGGCUCCUGGAUCCGGAGCAGUGAUCCCACCUCCCUGACUGUGUACUAUGGCCCUGACCCCAUUAAAAUCAAGUUGGAGCCUGGUGUACCCAGCGGAGAGGCGGUUGGGGUGAUAGAGGGCUCCAACGUGACCUUCUCGGUGGAAGAACACUCUCACCCCUCUCCUGCCUAUUCCUGGUUUUUCCACAAUGACUCCAUCUUGUCUGUCAUCACAAGGAACUUCACCAUCCAUGCCGUGUCCAGGGAACACGAGGGCAUGUACAGGUGCUUGGUGUCCAACAGUGUCACCGGCCUAUCCGUCCAGGAUGCUCUGAAAGUCCGAAUCCUUGAAAGGCUGGGCAAGCCUGGCAUUGUGACUCCAAGCCUUAAUCUCCUGGAGAAUGCCAGCUCCGUGGUGCCGCUGACCUGUAACACCACCCAGGAGGGGGCUCCAGUCCGGUGGUUAGUGAGGGGACAGCUCCUUCUUUCCAGCAAGCACAUGGUGCUGUCAGCCGACAACAAAACCCUAGUCAUCCACGGCCUCUGGAGGAAUGACACGGGGCCCUAUGAGUGUGAGGUCUGGAACUGGGACAGCUGGAUCCGAAGCGAGCCCGUCUUGCUGACCAUCAACUAUGGCCCUGACGGAGUGGACAUCACCAGAGGGUCAGAGCCUGGGGUGGUCAGCAACAUCAAGGUGGAACUCAACUCCAGCUUGACCCUGCAGUGUCAGGCCAAGUCCCAGCCAGUCGCCGAGUAUCAGUGGACCCUGGCGCACUCCACGAGUGUGCAUGUGGGGGGAGUGCUGACCAUUGCAGCCCUGUCCUGGGAACACCAGGGGAUCUAUUACUGCACGGCCCUCAACUCUCUGACCCACCUGGCCCGUUCCGCCUCCGUCCUGGUCACCGUGGUAGGUCCUCAGUCGUCCCUGUCUGCAGGGGCUAUCGCUGGCAUUACCAUCGGGAUCCUGACUGUCAUUGCCCUGUCUGCAGGGCUGGUCUAUUUCCUCAAUAUCAAAAAAGGCAGAUGGCUCUCAAAGAAAACAGCAGAAGACCCCAUCUAUGAGGUCACGGCACCCACCGCUGAGAAGGAGCUUGCUGCAGAGCCCAGUUCCUACUGUCCGGGGCUCGUGUAUGCCAAUAUACCUGAACCUCAGGGACAGGUCAGUGUAAAAAAGAUGCUGCCACCAGAAACCCCUGAGCAGUUUUAUGAGAGGCAGCUGCCUUCAGAAACCCAUGGGAGCUAUUCUAACAGCCGCACGAAGCCAUCGCCCAUAUUUACCUUACAUCCAUCGGUCCCCACUCUACCAAAAAGAAACAUGGAGUCCAACUAUGAGGUGCUUGUGAACACAACAUGCAGCGUUUACUGCCAAAUCAAGCCCUCCGUCUAAUGGAAGCAGCGAUCUUUUCUCCAGAGGUCCUAGAGAAACCAUGCUCAAUCAUAUACCCAAAGACAUUUAUUCGGUGCAUAUUAUAUUCUUGCCACCUUCUUUGUAGGCCUUGUGACAUUCUCUUUCAAUGUGUUCUUCAGGCUCUGGACCCUAGAUCCCACCAAACUUUAGGCUUUUGACUUAUGUUUCUUUAAAAACAAUAGAAACAGGGAGAAAGUGACCAAGAAUUAGAGGGCCAUGGUUCGAGACCCAGCAGCUGGGGGUGCCAUAGCUACUUCACAUGGAUGGACAAGCACUGUUGAUAGACACAGCAGCCAUGGUGUAAGCCCGCCAAAGAUCUUAGGCUUUUAACAUUGUUUUGAAAAUGGUAGCCAAUGCAAUCCAACAUGAAAGGGAAUAUCUGGCUUAAAAUACUGGUAAGAAGAGAUGAAAUUAUUAUCUGUAGAUGAUUAUCUCACUAGAAAAGCCAACAGAAUCAAAUUAAGAAUUCAUAACCUUUCAGUAGGUUAACCAGAUACAAAAUAAAUAUAUUUUUAAAAAAAUCAACCACAAUAACCAGUUAUAAGAAACUUUAGGAUUAGAGAUUACAUUUCAAAUUGCAGUAACCUUUUGCCGUUGUUCAAGGUCAGAAUUUAUGUGAGGAAAACUAUAGGAGUGCUUUGACAGAAUUUUUAAAAAGCUUUAAAAUACCAUAUUUUUGUACAGCAGGGCCCCAAUUUUCUGCUUCCUCCCUGGUAGUAGAAAUAAAUAUCACGAUUUCCUCAGUGAUUGGACUGGUUAAUAAGAUGUUGGAUGUUCAAGUGUUUGACACAGAGCCAGGAACCUUUAUUUAUUUAAAAAAAAUACUUACUGGGCCGGCCGAGUGGCGCGAUGGUU